AGUCUAACAUCAGCAACAAAAGAGCUUGACGAUUUAAUGGAGUCCUUAACAACGAUGAAGACAAGGAGCAUACGAAAUUCAAAAUCUGCUAGCGCUCAAAAAGAUCAACAAGAUAUACCGAAUUCACUGAUGGGCGGGCUGCAAUCGGAUUUAAAUAAGCAAGGGAUUAAUGUUGAAUCAAAAGGCAUGUGUGCAGGGUGCCAUAGGAUGAUUGUUGGUCAAAUUUUAACUGCUUUAGAUCAAUCAUGGCAUCCCCAGCACUUUACUUGCGCGGAGUGUGGAUCUUCUCUAGCUAGUAAGACAUUUUACGAAUGGGAAUCGAAACCUUAUUGUGAAAAAGAUUAUUUUGAUCUAUUUGCACCAAAGUGCGCUGGUUGCAAUGAAUCUAUAACCACGGAGUGCUUGACAGCAAUGGAUCAGAAGUGGCAUCCGGAGCAUUUUAUAUGUACCAUUUGUAAAAAGCCCUUAGUUGAUGAAAAAUUUCAUGUUGUUGAUGAUAAGCCUUAUUGUUCCAAUUGCUUUAAUGAAUUACAUGCUCCAAAUUGUAAUGCAUGUAAUAAAAAAAUUACUGAAGAAUUUGUCUCGGCCCUGAAUUGCCAAUGGCACCCAGAGUGUUUCGUGUGCAUGGAAUGCAAGAAACCGUUCAUUGAUGGAGUGUUUAUGAAUUAUGAAGGCUUACCGUAUUGCAAAUUGCAUUAUUACACUAAAAUUGGUUCCAUUUGUUGCCACUGUGAAGAGCCAAUUGCUGGCCGAUGUAUAAUUGUAGCAAAGAGAAAGUAUCAUCCUGAACAUUUUCUUUGUUCAUUUUGUCAAAAACAGCUCAGCAAAGGCACAUUUAAAGAACGCAGCGAUAAGCCGUAUUGUGUGCCAUGUUAUGCCAAAUUAUUU